UUUAUAUAGUAAGCAAGUUUGGGUUUUUACAAUAAAGUAAUAGAAAAAGGAGGAGUGGCCGUUUCUUUCUCAAUUAAAGUAUACCAUUAACAAGUUCAUCAUCAGAUCAGUUGGUAGAAAAAGUAACGAUGGUGGAAACUAAAUCUCAAGGAACCCCUACACUCUUUUCUCCUUACAAGAUGGGCAAAUUCAAUCUUUCUCACAGGGUGGUGCUGGCGCCCAUGACGAGAUGCAGGGCGUUGAAUGGAAUUCCAAGGCCGGCGCUUGCUGAAUAUUAUACGCAGAGGUCGACUCCUGGCGGUUUUCUCAUUACCGAAGGAACAUUGGUCUCCAACACUGCAGCAGGGUUUCCACAUGUUCCUGGGAUCUACAAUGAAGAACAGGUGGAGGCAUGGAAGAAGAUUGUGGAUGCUGUUCAUGCCAAAGGAAGCAUCAUUUUCUGUCAACUAUGGCAUGUUGGCCGUGCAUCUCAUUCGGUGUACCAACCUGGUGGAGGGGCACCAAUUUCAUCAACAAGCAAGCCCAUCUCAAAUAGGUGGAGAAUUCUUAUGCCAGAUGGGAGCUAUGGCAUAUACCCAAAACCUCGAGUUCUUGAAAUCUCAGAAAUACAAGAGGUUAUAGAGCACUACCGCAAGGCAGCAUUAAAUGCCAUUCGAGCAGGUUUUGAUGGAAUUGAGAUUCAUGGAGCACAUGGCUAUCUCAUUGACCAAUUCUUAAAAGAUGGGAUCAAUGAUCGCACGGAUGAGUACGGUGGAUCAUUGGGAAACCGAUGCAAAUUCUUAAUGCAAAUUGUUCAAGCAGUAGCUGCAGCCAUUGGUGCAGAUAGAGUUGCUGUCAGAAUUUCGCCUGCAAUUGAUCACCUUGAUGCAAUUGACUCUAAUCCACUCAACCUAGGCUUGGCAGUGGUUGAGAGACUUAACAAUCUCCAGCUACAAAUGGGGUCAAAACUUUCUUAUCUUCAUGUGACGCAGCCUCGUUAUCAUGCUUAUGGGCAAACAGAAUCAGGCAGACAUGGUAGUGAAGAGGAGGAAGCUUAUUUAAUGAGGACUCUAAAGAGGACUUAUCAGGGAACUUUCAUGUGUAGUGGAGGAUUCACUAGGGAGCUGGGAAUCCAAGCUGUGGCGGAGGGUGAUGCGGAUCUGGUAUCAUAUGGGCGUCUUUUCAUCUCAAAUCCUGACCUAGUUUUGAGGUUGAAGGUUAAUGUGCCAUUAAAUAGGUAUAACAGGAAGACAUUUUAUACUCAGGAUCCUGUUGUUGGAUACACAGACUAUCCCUUCCUGAGUAAAGACAAAGGUACCCAAGGACAGUCACGCCUUUGAUGUGAAAUCGCUAUUUUUUGUUUAAUCUCUAAUUUUCGGCACAUAAGUAGGUUAAAAUUAUGUAUGAAAGAUAAAAAUUCUGUUAUGAAACCUAUGCUUCUUUAUAUAUAAAUUAAUUUCUGAUUUAGCUGCAGCUAGUUUGUACAUACUUCUUAUCUAUCCUAUAACCUUUAACAGAUCCUUGGCUACCAUAUUUUAGCUGAGUUUCAAGUAAAGAAAUUCUAGGUGAGGCUUAAAAAACGGGUAACUACCUUGUUUAGAUCAAAGGAGUAAAUGUGUGGAUUAAGCAGGUUUCACGUUGGACUGUACAAGUCCUAAGUAUUGCUAGUUAGGAAAAAGAGACUCAAAAUGUUUCUGCAGCUUGGGGCUUCAGUUCAUUUGAGAUUUUCAUUGAACAAGGCAAGAGAAGACAACAAAAAUUACCACCAUGUAAGUGGCUAGGCCCGAUUGUCUAGGAUCAUAAGGUGAAAUCCCUCUUAUAAUAAGAAUCUGAGGAAUCAGAACGUCUGAACUCUGAAGGGUGGUAAGAACUAAGAAGCUCCCAAAGUGCCCAAAUACAUCACAGAGGUCAUUCUUUUGGUUUUUAGCCUUGUAGGUGUUGCAUUAGUGGCUAAACGAAUUGGCUGGCACUAGUGGGGACAGGAAGCAUGGGCAUCGGGGGAGACUGUUUCCUCUUUUUUUUUUUGUUUUUUUGGGUGCCCUUAGAAGAUCUCAACAAUACUAGGACAUCAAGAGACGUCGCUAGUAGUACGUAGACGGCAUAACAGUGAACUAUGGUGGCUAUCUGAGGGUUGAAAAGGUCAUGAAAUGCUGCUAUGAAAUUGAAAAUCAGCUACGCAGGAGUUAGAUUCACAGUUGGACGUCAAUGUAGACAGAAUAGAUUUUGAAAUCCAAAUCCACCAGAAAUCUUUCUUGAUUUAUUAUAAAUGAAGUUUCAACUUGUAUGGAUGCUUAUGUUUCCUAGACAUUCGAAAUCGUUUUACUAGUUUGUCUUUGUCCUGCUGUAAUUACCUUAGACAUUAGCUGAGAGAUGGCCAAGUCAUUAUUUACACUGAAUUUGAUUUCACUUACCUUAGCCUGGUUUCUUCAUUGCUUUCUCGAUCUUGUCGUUAGUCAAACCUAACAUGUGUUGCACUAUGUGAAUCAAGAAAAACGCUCCACAGAAAGUUCAAAUGUAAUCCAAAGGAAAAACCUUCAGUGAUGAUGAUACAACAGUAACAGGAGGAUCCUAUUUUACAGCUAGAAAAUGAAUUGGCCUGGCUCUGACCCUUCACUCAUUGUCAAUCCUUAUCUCUGCUGCCACUUUUAGGGUGUGGGGGGACAACUGGUGAUUUUUGUUUUCACAGUCAUGCGUUAGGAACCGCUAGCUUUACUUGUUGGCAGAUGAGAUAUUUACUUCAGCUGGAAGAUUCCUAUUUUGUUCCUUGAUUCUUGUUGGCUUGAGCUUGAGAGUUGAGACAAUAACCAUCAACUCAUUUUAAAAUUUACAUCAGAAACACAAAAUCCUGAAGAAGUAGAAUGACUUGGACUUCCUUAUUUCAAUUAGAUCAGUUGUUUUGGAACAGAACUUUUUGUAAGCAGCUCUUCUCUAAGCACUUUGUGUGUGUUUAACCCAAUGCUGAACUUUGGCGAGGUUCCUUUACUAUAUGUGGGAAAUUUGUGACAUGUAAUGCUCAAACAUAGCGAAGGAAAAAAAAUAAAAAACUCAGAGGUUUCUGCAUAUUGUA